AUGGAGAGUACACCAUUCGAUCUCGAUUUGGAUAAAAUAUUAACGGACCCACAUACAGACUUGAUGUUAUCCGGUGGCAACUCCUCAGAUGUUUAUAAUCCAUUUUUAUCGAAUGAUGAUCCUAAUCUUGUCGAAAAUAAUUCGGAAUCUAACGGGUCAUACAUAUCGCCAGUGCCAUAUUUAGAUGGUUCGAACUGUUUGCUGGAUAGUUUAUGUUUACAGUUAGACGCGCAUGAGAAUGUUGAAGAGGAACAUUCCUAUGCGUCCGUACGAACAGAAUCGGCCACAUCCUCGAUAUAUGGAGGAAGCAGUUCCAUGGCUUCGUUUCUACAGAGUACAGAGUUUGAUGUGCUUCAAGAAGCAAGUAGAGAAAUCCUUGAAGAUUGGAACAGUGAACAAAACUUUUUACCACCACCACAAAGGGAAAAUAAAACAGAGCAUACUUUAAAAGCGGUCUGCUCUACUCCUUCGAUUGUUUCUACGCAUAAAGCGAAUCGGUUCAAUAUAAUUGAGAUUAACAAGAAGACAAGAACGCCAUUUACUCGAGUUGGCUCAGGAGGCAAACGGAAAUACUCACCACUUAUAUUGACCGAUGAGGAAAAGAAAUUAUGUAAAAAGGAAGGGAUUCGGUUGCCAGAAUAUUACCCGUUGACAAAAGCAGAAGAAAGAGAACUGAAGCGUAUACGUCGGAAAAUUAGAAAUAAACAUUCAGCUCAAACAAGUCGCAAAAAAAAACAAGACUAUAUUGAAGCACUAGAGGACCGCGUGGAGAAUUGCACUCAGGAGAAUGAGGAACUGAAGAAACAGGUGGAACAUCUGAAAAUAUUAAAUUCAACAUAUUUAUCGCAGUUGCGAAAACUACAAAGCAUGGUUGCUAAUGGAUCGAAACGAAAGGUACAUGCUGGUACUUGCCUUGCGGUGUUGAUGCUUUCAGUAUGCUUACUUGCUGCACCGAACUUGUCACCUUUGUCGAAAAAACGUAGUGAAGAAGAAGCGGAACAGACUAUAGCGUCUUCGAUUCAGCUAUCGAAACGAACUCCUCCACUUGCAGGACGUUCGAGAUCGCUUCUGCAGUUUGUGAACUCUGUUACUGACAAAUUUGAUAUUGAUUUUUGUGGUGAAGAAGAAUAUGAAGAUGUUUCUGUUGCCAAUUUGGAGGAUCAGCGAAUGUCAUUCAAGAAUAAUUCACUAAGACGCAGAGAGAAGCGCAUUACGUUUUGGAAUGAUAAUGUAACAGUGAGAGCACAGCAACAUCCUGUUGAGAUGGAAAGCAGAACUCUCCCAAAUUAUGAAUGCGUUAGAAUUGGAAGCUACACACGAAAACGAAAAGUCUUACCUCAAGGAAGAUUAAAUCCAACUUCACCAGACAAUAAUAAACCAUGGAUACAGGCAAUGAACAGUGAGGAAUAUAAACAUGCAAAACUAUCUAAUGGCUCUACGCUUCGUGUUUAUACAAAUCCUGGCAGUUAUGUUUCAAUGAAUUCAAAACGUUUCAAAAUAUAG